CACCCAUCUCUCUACUUGUCUUUCCUUCCCUAUUUUCUGUCGUAUCCAGCACAUAAAAGAACUCAUUUCCUUUCUUCUUUUCCACUCAUUCUACCCAUCCGUCAACUUUUCUGCUACACCUAGCAAAGCUAAUUAAUCUCUACCUACAGUGCCAUCUUGCUUCUAUCCAGCUUAUCUUAACAUCUAUAAUGGCGAAGAUUCCCUCCCCUUCGGUAGCCCUGGUCGUCGGUGUCACAGGUAUGGCAGGUUUGAGCUUGGCAGAGGCUCUGAAAAAGCCUACAGCGCUUGGCGGUCCGUGGAAAGUAUACGGCACAGCCAGAAGAUCUAAGCCAGGCUGGUUUCCUUCAACGUUAGUUGACCGCUACAUCUCAUUUGACGCCUCAAACCUCGACGACACAAUCAAAAACCUCUCGCCAAUCUCCAAUGAAGUAACGCACGUCUUCUGGGUCGCAAUCCAAGUUCGUGAAAAUGAAGAAGCAAACGUCUCUAUCAAUUCAGCUAUGCUAAAAAACGUUCUUGAUGUUCUCAAAUCAGGUACAUCUUCCCGGCUCUGUCGUGUUACCUUGCAAACAGGAACCAAGCAGUACAUGGGUCCAAUCCUUGAUCCUUCACUUGGAAACCAGCUUGUCCCUCGCGACCCACCAUUCCAAGAGGACAUGCCAAGGCUACCUUACCCCAAUUUCUAUUAUGCUCUGGAAGAUCUUUUGGCUUCGUAUACGCCAUCUUUCUCAUAUUCUGUCCAUCGUUCAUCUAUAAUAAUCGGUGCUUCUUCGAGGAGUGUUUACAAUUCAUUGCUUUGUUUGGCAGUUUAUGCCAAUAUUUGUAAGCACCAAGGCUUGCCAUUUCGAUUCCCUGGCAAUCGAUACACAUGGGAGCAUUUCUGCGAUGUGUCCGAUGCAAGAGUGCUUGCAGAGCAACACAUCUGGGCAGCAGUCUCGGAGAAGGCUAAGGAUCAAGCCUUCAAUUGCACUAAUGGCGAUGUUUUUACAUGGAAAAGCUUCUGGACGGAGUUGUGCAAGGUUUUCGAUGUACAGUUUGUCCAGUUUGAUGAAAAGGAAAAGUUUGAUGUGGUUGAGAUGAUGAAGAAGAAUGCUCCGGUUUGGGAUCAGAUUGUGGAAGACCAUGGGCUCUUUAGGACCAAAAUAGAGGAUAUGAUCACUUCCUUUGAUGCACUCAAGAUAGUCUUAAAUUUUGAGUUUCAACAUGUUUCUAGCAUGACAAAGAGUCGAGAUUUUGGUUUCUUUGGAUAUGCUGGUACUCUUAGGAGCAUUGAAAUGUGGGUAAGAAGAUUACAAGAAAUGAAAAUUAUACCUUAGUAUCGAAUUCCCAACAGCUCAACGUCCACAAAUACAUGGAAAUAAAAAGGGAGUGUAGUGUAAGCUUUGUAAGCUAAUCGAUUAUGUACUUGUAAAAUAUUAUAUUAAUUAGUCAUAUUUUAUAUUAAA